AUGAAUUUUCUCUCAUUGAAAGUUCGUGGGAUUAGGAGUAAAGGAAAGGCGGGUUGGGUUAAAGGGUUGAAGUCGUCCCAUGGUGUAGAUUUUUUGGCUGUGCAGGAAUCAAAGAUCAUGGACCCAUCUGUUUGGCUACUGCCAAAGUGUUGGGGUAAUUCUACUUUUCUUUUUGAUUGUGUAAAUUCCGAUGGGAUUGCGGGGGGUCUUAUAUGUUGGUGGGACCCAUCUUGUUUUCGGCAGACGGGUGUUAUUAAAUCUCAUCAUGUGUUGGUGAUUUCGGGGGAUAUGGUUCAUUCGGGUUUUCAUGUAAAUAUUGCAAAUGUACACGCUCCUAAUGAUGCAGCAGGUAGACGGAACUUCUGGAACGAAUUGUUGUUUUAUAGGCGGUCCUUGUUUGGAUUGCGGAUUUUUUUGGGAGAUUUUAACUUGGUGAGGUCAAUUGAUGAAAGGGUAAAUUCGGAUUUUUUGGCGCAAAAUGCAUUGUCUUUUAACUCUUUUAUUGCGGACGCGGACUUGUUUGAAUAUAAUAUGUGUGGCCACAAAUACACCUAUAUGUCGAGUAAUGGGGAAAAGUUGAGUAAAUUGGAUAGAAGUUUGGUUUGUAAUGAUUUUAUGUCCAACUGGCCGAGUGCGGAGUUGACGACCCUUUCACGACACCUUUCUGAUCACUGUCCACUUUUGCUUUCAAUAAAGAACUCGGAUUAUGGGCACAUUCCUUUUCGGUUUUAUGACUCAUGGUUACAAUUACCGGGAUUUGUGGAUUUUGUUAAUUCUAUCGCUAAUAAUUUUGUUUUUGAUGGUCCGGCGGAUAUAGCUUUGGCGGCUGACGGGCAGUUCGUAGGACAACCCUUAAGUGGUAUAAACGAUAUUAAAAUCACACAUUUAAUCGGGUAA